AUGUACUUAGAUGAUCAUGGUUCUCCACAGCUUCCCGUUUUUUCUUGUUUUCAUCAAUACAUACUUCUUUACAAGUCCUCUUUACCAUUAUGGUCCUUGUUCCUCUUCUUGAUAAAAGAUCCCUUGUAUUUGAUCAUAUGCAGUGUAAUUCUUGAAAGUCAUGCCAAUAUACCCCCCGCAACAAACUAUCUUUAUACAAUGAAGUCAACCCCAGAAAUUGUUUUCUGCAGCUUGAAGCAAUAUUCACCAUCCAGAGAAUCACUUCCCAAAGUUCUAGUGACUUUAAACGAUAUAUCUACAAAGUGUAAAACAUGGCCUGGGCUGCUGAACUUACAGAAGAGCUGCUGUGCUGUCUGGGAUGCCUUUGUCAACAACAGACGUCAUGAUCGUGUACCACUAAAGUUCAAAGUCUUUGAAGGUGAUCAUGAGUACCCAAAAUGUAGAUCAAAGCAACGGACAUCAUACGAGUGGUAUAUUCCGAAAGGGAUAUUAAAGACUUCAUGGAUGAAUAAACACUUAAACCUGGUUCCUGCUGUAGUUGUCAUAUUUUUUGACUUGGACUGGGAUGAACCUAUGUGGAAAGAGAAACAAAUGGAAUGUGCAACUCGUGUAGAAAUUGUCAGAAACAGUUUGCUGGGACGUGGAACUAAAGUCGCUGUUGUACUCAUUCAGAAAAAUGCACCUCUUCCUCCUGGUAAGCUUAUAUUUUUGAACAAUACAACAUUUACAUUUGAAAAUUAA